CAGAACUUGCAGUCUUUAGCAGGUUGAGUUCAGGCCGAAAACGUAUCGAGUCUUAAUCUCGCGCUGUCUAUUUGGCACUUUGAUUGAUGUCCUCGCGCAGCAGAAGGGUGGACCAACAGUCCAGCCUCGCUCUCCUGCACGCACACACACACAUACACUCACUAGAUAACGACAGGAGCUCGUGCAGAAGAAGCCCAGACGUUGAGUCCGGGGAGCGGCGCGUGGAGCAAAUUCUGUUCCUCGCGCCGGAGCUGGGGGCUUGCCGAGCGGAGGCCAUGGAUCACAUCGGGAUACAGGGGUCGCAUCUGCAGCAGCACACGCAGGUGGAGCCCAUUAGCUUCGGCAUCGACCAGAUCCUCAGUAACGUGGAGCAGAGCUGCAUGCUGAGCGCAAGGAUGCACGAGCAGGACUAUGGACACGGGGCCUACAACAACGGUGGCGCGAGCAGCGGCGUUAACUGUGGCUAUACGUACGGUAACACCGGGUAUAAUGGCACCACCAGCUCGUGCGAGAUGGCUUCCAUCGGCGGGCCUUAUCACAUGAAUGUGGGCGUGAAUGCGAACGGGACUAACUUGAGCUCCGCCGGGUCCGGGGUCAUCCGUGUCCCCGCACACCGGCCUCUGAGCUGCGGGAACUCCUCAGUGUCUGUGCCGUCGGGGAGCGGGAACAUCAACCACCUGAGCGCGCUCACCUUCCCCUGGAUGGAGAGCAACCGGCGCUACACCAAAGAUAGGUUCACAGUGUCCCUGUCCCCCCUUACUGUAGCACGUCGUGUAGGUCACCCGUACCAGAACCGGACUCCUCCUAAGAAGAAAAAGCCUCGGACGUCGUUCAGCCGGCUGCAGAUCUGUGAGCUGGAGAAACGCUUCCACCGGCAGAAGUACCUGGCAUCUGCUGAGCGGGCCGCGCUCGCUAAAGCCCUGAAGAUGACCGAUGCUCAGGUCAAGACCUGGUUCCAAAACAGACGCACCAAAUGGAGGCGGCAGACGGCGGAGGAGCGGGAGGCGGAGCGGCAGCAGGCCAACCGGAUCCUCAUGCAACUGCAGCAGGAGGCCUUUCAGAAGACCAUCAACCAGCCGGUGACCCCGGACCCGCUGUGCCUGCAGAACAGCUCUCUGUAUGCCCUGCAGAACCUGCAGCCAUGGACCGAGAACACCGCCAAGAUCAGCAGCGUGUCGACCUGCGAGUAGAGCCAGAUCUGCCGACUGACUGACUCUCAUUCACACAGUCAGUCAGGUCAUCUCCUUGUCAGACAGACAGUGUGCUGCCUGUCUGCAGUUCACAGCACUACUCCUAUCACAGUCUGGCCUGCUUCGGACUUAUUUGGCCUGCUCAGCCCUGCAGAGACUACAUUGACAUUUUGGAAAUAUUUUAGAGGCAUCAUGAUGAACACUGUGCUCCAUAAAAGUCCACGAGAUGAGCAGGACAGACUGGCAUCAGUGAGAUGUAUUAUAGUGGAGCUAUACGGGACUUGAUGUUUCACGAACAGCAUAUUUUCAUAUUUGUGUGUCCAUCUCUUUGUAUCUGUCCUGUUAAUGGACUUUUACACAACUGCAAAAUAACAGAGCACUUGUUUUAGAACUUAGUAUGGAUUGACUCACAGCAACAAACCAGGAUAUCUGUUAUUUUAUAAUUUAGGAAGAUCAACAAGCUUCACCAGCAUUUACCACUUUUCACACUGCCUCAACCUCUCACAGUGUGUGUGUGUGUGUGUGUGUGUGUGUGUGUGUGUGUGUGUGUGUGUGUGUGUGUGUGUGUGUGUGUGUGUGUGUGUGUGUGAUGACAGUAAUAUAUUUGGACACUGAAAUAAAUUAUUUUCUGUCUGCAGAGUUAACAUUACAAUUAAUUCAAAAUGUAUUUUAGUAUGAAUAUCUUCUACAUUUUCAUCCAUAUGUAACUUUUAUUUUGCUUAGUGGAUUUUGAUGCCACAUAUAGAUUUUGUAACUUAAGUUUAAAGCCUUCUUGUACUUCACUGAUGCUCUACAAUGUUUGGAUCAUCAUGAAACAUAGCUCUACACAUGAAAAGCUUCAUUUAAAAUAAUGACAGUAAGCCACAUGUGUCCAAUGUUGAAGACCCUCGCUUACAACACCAGGUAGCUAUGUGUUCAUAUUGAGACAACAAGAUAGUAACAGCCAUAGGUGGUAACUACUGGGAAGCAAACCCAUAUGAUAAACAGGGCCGGCUUACUGCAUAUUCACAUAUUGUACAACUUUAUUUUGAAAUAUAGAAAUAUGCAGCACUAAAGCACAAUAUUAAAUGUCUUGAUGGGAGGCUGGAACCUGCAAUAACAAAUGUUUGUCCACUUGGAGAACUACAUAUCAAAACCUUUAAGUAGAAUGGAUUUCAGCUGAUUUUGUGAAUACUGAGCACAUGUUCCAUAUAAAACGGGGAUCACACAGCCAACCUGGAGCUAGUUAUUCCAUCACGUAUACUGGGAACAAUGCAAAGAGAAGGUUCAUGGCGGCACAGUGAAAGUUCUUCCAUCCAUUAGCUGUAGAGCUUCUGCGAAGACACCAGUCCAUUACAGGGCUGACACCGACCUCCUUCACACCUAACCUCUAACUCUCUAAUGUAUCUCUAAUGUUUGCUCCUCUUUUUGUACAAAUACUGCUCCUCAGUUCUGAAAGUCUUAUUGUGUUUCCUCAUCAUAGGCCACUCAUGUACUCAUGUAAACGCCAUUUUGUAUAUCAAGUGAUUAUCCCAUGUAUAUAUGUAUGUAAGUUUUGCAGACUGCAGAUGGCAGAACAAACAUUGGGGGAAGAUGAGGAGAAAGUGAUCGCUCUGCUCUCACUGUAUACUCCCACCUAUAAGGCAGAAGUGUGAAAGAAAACCUGAAGAUUUUUCAGAUUACCAUGUGACUAUGUUUCCUUUUUGUUUCACCAGAAUACAACACCUAAAACUCU